GUUCUGUUUCCCAUCCUUAUUCACUUCAUAAAAAUCUUAUCAUCUCAAUUCUAUCUUUCUUUCAAUUAUUAUCAGAGAGUAACAAAAGGCUUUGAAAAUAUGGGAGGAGGUGGCACAGAAGCUUUUCCAGAUUUGGGUAAACACUGCCAGCAACCAGAUUGUAAACAACUUGAUUUUCUCCCUUUCACCUGUGAAGGCUGCAAACAGGUAUUCUGUUUGGAACACCGAUCCUACAUGUCCCAUUCUUGCCCCAAGUCCGACCACAACAGCAGAAAAGUCAUAAUUUGUGAAACAUGUUCGAUUUCUAUUGAGACCACAGGACAUGGAGGACAGGACGAGGAGGCCAUCUUGAAGAAGCACCAAAACUCAGGAACUUGUGACCCCCAAAAUAAGAAGAAACCAAUUUGCCCUGUAAAGCGUUGCAAGGAGGUUCUAACCUUCUCAAAUUCCAGUACGUGUAAAACUUGCCACAUUAAGGUGUGCCUCAAGCACCGUUUUCCCGCGGAUCAUGCUUGUGGUAGAGCAGCGUCGAGUCCAGUGUCAGUGUCGGUUACGGCUCCUGCUUCUGUUAGUGGAUGGUGGAAUAACAAGUUCUUGGCCGCUUUCGCCUCGAGGAACGGACAAGAGUGUGGCAAGAGUGGGGGAGGUAGUUCUGCUUCAGCUCCUGGAAAUCCUUCUGUUAAGGCAUACUGAGACAAGGAUUAUAGAUUGAAAAUUUAUUCGUUCUUAUGUGACCAUCUAAUGCUUUAGUUUUUAUGGCAUGGAAUGAAAGUGGUGCUUUCAUGUACAUUCUCCAAGGUUGAAAUAGAUUACUUUUUUUUUUU